UGAAUUUGACAAUUUUGUACUGUUUGUUUCGUUUUCUUUGUGAAAACUAAAAAAAAGAAGUCUUAUCCAAAAUUAAAAAAUAGUGAAACCAAGCAUGGAAAAAGAGCUAGACAAAGUGGUUGAAGAGAUCAUGUCGACUCCAAACAUAGCCGGGUGUUUAGUGGCGGAUCACCAGGGACUUUGCCUGGCGUCGAAAGGCUCCGUUCACGUUGACUCAGCAGGCCUCAUCGUCGCUAUAUCGGAGCAGGCGUGUAAAAUCCAGCCCAAUCUGAAGCCACCCACUGUGUGCCUGGAGACUGAUAACAAAGCGUGCCUCAUUCAGAGGCAUGGGACGAUCACGGGAGCUGUUUUUAAACAAACCGUAGCAUAGGGUGUUUUUUCGAGUCUGAGUAUUCUAUUACAGUGAUAUUGAAGUAUUUAUUUAAAAAUAUGCUCAAGCACCAACUUGAGUGUUUUUAAUCCUAAAACAAACUAUAUAGAAGUUUGUAUAUGUGUAUAAGAUUUGAAAUAUAAGGUGUUAUAAUAGGGAAUAUCAUAAUAAAAAUAAAAUAUAUAUUUUUUGUUGUA